GAGCGGGACAGGACCGGGACGGGCACGGCCAUGGAUGCGGGCGAGGGGAAGCCGCAGCCCCACCUGGCCGCGCUGGUGCUGGCGCGGGGCGGCAGCAAGGGCAUCCCGCUGAAGAACAUCAAGCUGCUGGCGGGGGUGCCGCUCAUCGGCUGGGUGCUGCGCGCCGCCAUCGACGCCGGCGUCUUCCAGAGUAUAUGGGUUUCUACAGACCAUGAUGAAAUCGAGAAGGUUGCAAAGCAGUUUGGUGCUCAGGUUCAUCGCAGAAGCCCUGAAGUUUCUCAAGACUCCUCAACGUCCCUAGAAGCCAUCAGAGAGUUUCUUAAUCAUCAUCAUGAGGUUGAUAUUGUAGGAAAUAUUCAAGCAACAUCUCCCUGUUUACAUCCCAGUGAUCUUAUAAAAGUGGCAGAUCUGAUCCAGAAGGAGGGGUUUGAUUCUGUCUUCUCUGUUGUGAGGCGGCACCAAUUUAGAUGGAGCGAGGUAAAAAAAGGAGAAAACAAGAUGACAGAGCCCCAAAACCUGAAUCCAGCAAAACGGUACCGGAGGCAAGACUGGCCUGGGGAGCUGUAUGAAAACGGCUCAUUUUAUUUUGCCAAGAGACAUUUGAUUGAGAAAGGCUACUUGCAGGGUGGUAAAAUGGCCUACUAUGAAAUGCGUGCAGAGCACAGUGUGGAUAUCGAUAUAGACAUUGACUGGCCUAUUGCAGAGCAGAGAGUAUUGAGCUUUGGAUAUUUUGGCAAAGAACCACUGAAGGAGGUGAAGCUGCUGGUUUGCAGUAUUGAAGGAUGCCUGACAAAUGGUCGCAUUUAUGUGACAGAAGAUCACAAGGAAAUGGUCUCCUAUGAUUAUAGAGAUAUUGUUGGCAUUGAUCUGUUAAAGAAAAGAGGAAUCCAGGUUCGACUCAUCUCUGAAAGAGAUUGUUCAAAAACACUGUCAGCCAUGCAGCUGGGAUGUGUAGCAAAGGUCAGUGCAACAAAUAAAUUACAGGUUCUGAAGGACUGGCAAGAAGACAUGGGUUUGAGCUGGAAAGAAGUUGCUUACUUAGGAAAUGAAGAGUCUGAUGUGGAAUGCCUGAAGCAAGCAGGCAUGAGUGGUGUGCCUGCUGAUGCUUGUGCAGCUGCUCAGAAGGCUGCUGGUUACAUUUGCAAGAGCAGUGGCGGCUGCGGAGCCGUGCGGGAGUUCGCAGAACACAUAUUCCUGUUGUUAGAAAAAGUGAACUCUGCGAGGAAGCAAAUGGGAGAAAUGAGUUCAGCAGAAAAGGAAAUGGGGGGAAAUGAGAACAGCAGGAGAGGAAAUAAGGAACUAAUGAAAAAGGAGUAACGCCGUUGGUCAUUCCUGCUUUUCUUCGUCUCCUCUUCCUCCUUCAGUAAAUGCCAAAGGAGUGCUCUCAAGUUUUACAUCAAAGUAGUGUUUAAAAAAUGUCUCCCUCUAAUUUAAGGUCCCACUUUAAGUGCUGAUAUUCAUAAUUGUAUGCUGAUCAUAGUAAUGAAUUUUUUAAAAGCCAUUUAUAAGCAAUAGAAGGAAUGUUGUAAAAGGUAGCAAAUCUACUGUAAAUCUCCUCCUAAUCAUCACACCUCUCCUCCAGGAGUGAUGUUUCUUUAUAUCAUAAUCAGAAUGUUCUCGGGGAUCAAUGAUUUUGCAUGACUUGAGGGUUUGUAAUUCAAAUUUUAAAGAAAAAAAUUCUGUCAGUUUUGCUCAUGUGGUUUAUGCGUCUUCUACCAAAAGUCAGCAUGGUGUUGUGGUUGUGUGAUUGCAUUUUACAGAAUUUGUCCCUAGUAGGGAAGAGUUUUAACAUACGCUGGAGAGGUCAGGUGUAAAGUACUAUCAGACUUCUUCCUGUAUUUUUAAAACACAGCUCUGUUCCUGGAAAACCAGUUAAUAUUACUUAAGAAAAGCACUUAAGCAUGUGUUCAGUUUUAAGCUCAUAAAUAAUUAAAUCACAUUUGGAAUUGUGCCUCUUAUCUUUGAGUCUGUUUACAUUGGGUUUUAUUGAAGUGCUUAAAUUAACAUACCCAAAUGUUUUGCUAAAUUUGGAGUAAAGUUCCCCCUGACUUUGAGUUCUUUGCAAAAACUCCGUUGCUUUCUAUGAAGACUUUAUGGCUACCACUAAUGAUCUAAAGCCAAGCAAAACUCUUUAAGUUUAUUGUAUGGAAAAGUAUCUGCUGUUUAAAAAAAACCCAAAACAUAACUGAUUGUGGGUUUAUAUAAAAUAUAUGUACAGCAUGCUAAAGCUGUUUUAUGUGUAUUUAUGAAAAAUAGGGUUUGUAUUGUACCAUGCAAAUACAAUAGUAGUCAUCAGGGAGUCAAGUUCUGUCUUGGGCUCUGCUAAAAAAUAAAAAAUACCCAUACUGCACAGGCAGUUACUACUGAGGUGAGUGAUAAUGGCUUGUCAUCUUAUUUUGCUUCCCUGCUAAAUAGAAACUCCCAAUAUAAUAUCACUCAAUAUAUUGGCCUCUGAUUAACUUGGUGUUUACUUCCUUUCACAAAGCCAAAAUAAGGCAGUAAUAAAUCUCAGUCCAAUCUACAGUUAACAGGCUUAUCAGGGUUAACAGAUGAAUUGUUUACUGCACUAACCAGCUCUAAGUUAUCACUGAAGUAUUUCCUUUCUGUCAGGUUUUAGGGCUCUGGAUACAUCCGAUGGACUUUGAUAACAGGAGAGUCACAUUUUGGAUAGAACUGUGGGCUUUGGUAUGGGUACAUGAAUUAUUUUAGUUGUACAGACUAUGUUGUAAAGCUUCAAAAGUCCAGAUUGGAUAAACUAUUCAGGUUUGAUUAUAUCACACAGAAAUUGGCCAAGUUUUUGGUUACUUCACCUUGUCAUCGUUAACUUGAUGACUUUGAUUACAGGAGCAAUUCCCUGUGAAUAGAUGGCUUUAGAUAACGUGACUGUGAAGAACUUGAUCCCCAUGUCAUUUAUGUUAGAGAAAGCAUAAAGCAUGAGUAAGUGCAAUUAUAUUAGCAAUAUGAGUUGGCAGUACUGUUUGUAGCUUACUGUUUGAGUCAAGAACUCUUCCAGUGUUUCAGCUGCUUGCUGAACGUGCUGCAUGUACUUCAGGGCUGCACCCAAAAAUUCUAAAUGUAUCAAAAAUAAACACGGAAACACCUUCAUAUGAGUGUUGGUAACGAGCAGAAAGAAAUGGUAGCUGAUAUAUAAAUAUUUUCACUCUGAUAAAUUCUUGUUUAGAAGAACAUGGUGUAAUCUUAUGCUGGGAAGAAUAUGAAAAGAGCUCUAGAGAGUAUUUACAACAUAAAGCCUGUUUGAGGAUAUGGGACAUGCAUGAUCCUACUGCCUGAAAGGUUCAGAUUACUCCUCUUGAUUUUAUGGAAGAUCCUCAAUCAUAUGAAGAAUUUAGGGGUCACAGAGGCAGAGAUGAUGAGGAUUACUCUGUCACCUUAAAGGUCAAAUCCCAAGUCCCAGGCAGGCUUCAGUUGUGCAGUGUGUUUUGCCAAUGCCUGCUGUUUCAUGUCAUGGCACCACGAUUGCCCUUGAUUAGAGGGGUGUAGUUCAAUCAGUAGAUUUCAGUGGUCACUUUUGUUAUACUGGGCUAAUUUUGAAAUAAUCUCUUUUAGUCCUGUGAGCACUUGUUUGUUUUUUUUUAACUUCAAAAUACCUAGUAUAUUCCAAAGAAAAUCUCAGAUGAUGUGGGCUGUUUUAUCAUGAUUAUGUGAAACUGAAAAAAGGAAGCUUGUGGUAAUUUGUAAUAAGCUAUUAUAAAAAAAAAAAAGCUGAUUACCUGAAAUUUUAAAUAAACAGUUUUCUAUAGUC